CACAAAGACACAAACUAGGACCUUUCUCUCUCUUCUGCUCUUCCGGUUCUCCCUCUCUUCUCCGGCGCGGCGCUGAUUUUUCGUUAGCUCCUGGCUCUCUCCUCCGGCGGCGCUACUCUAGUUCUUCCUUGGCUCCUCGCUCUCCGGCAGUCACAGUCACAGACUGGGAGAUGGUUAUUCGUCCGCCGGCUAGGCCACCUCUGAUCACAAAGUACCUUAAGCCUUAUGUCCUGAAGAUGCACUUCACGAACAAGUUCGUGAAUGCUCAGGUAAUCCACACGCCAACUGCCACGGUAGCUGCUUCUGCUAGUUCGCAGGAAAAAGUCUUGAGAGAAAGCAUGGAAACUACUCGGGAUGUGGCUGCUGCUGCAAUGAUUGGGAAGAUAUUGGCAGAGCGCCUGCUGAUCAACAACAUCCCCGCUGUGACGGUCCACUUGAAGAGAGAACAAACAUAUCAUGGUAAGGUUAAAGCUGUGAUUGACUCUGUGAGGGAAGGAGGGGUCAAGCUGAUCUAGAAUUGAAAAAAAGAAAAAAAUAAAAAUAAAAAUAAUUCUUUAGUCUGUUUAAGAAAGUGUAGUUUCUAGAGCGCGGUUCUCUGUUUUCGGACAGAAUCACUUUGAGGAAUGCAGGACGAGAUUGCUCGUUUUAUGCUGGUCUAUUGUGGGUGAGUUUUGUGAACCAAUUUGGAAAUUGACUGUUAAUGCAGUGAACAUUUCUCUUGGACCAUUCCAUGUUUGACUAUUUAUUUACAAAUCAUUCUACACUUUGCAUACUAUGAUUCUUCGUUGG